GGCACGGCCCCCGCCGCCACCAUGGUGAAGGAGGAGUGCAAGGCGCUGCUGGACGCGCUCAACAAGGUGACCGCCUGCUACCGGCACAUGGUGCUGACCAUCGGCGGCACCUCGGACUCCCAGAACCUGCGGGAGGAGCUCAAGAAAACCCGGCAGAAAGCUCAGGAGCUGGCGGUGGCCAACAGGAACAAGCUCACCACGGUCCUGAAGGACAAAACCGUGAGUAAGGAAGAUAAAGCCGAGUUCGAGAGGCUAUGGGUGAUUUUCUCCACGUGCCUAGAGAUCCUGGAGAUCGACAUGAGGAGAGCCCUGGAGCUGGGCCACGAGUUCCCGCUGAACGUCCCCAAAAAACACCUGAUCCAGACGGGCAUGAGCGGGGGAACCUCCGGCGUGGCCGCCCGCGCCAUGAGCGUCCAGAACAUGAAAUACGAGGCUGAGCACAACAUAGACGUGGUGGAUUUGAAAGACCUCGAGAACGAGAUCAACCAGGUAGGAGAGAUGAUGUACGAGAUGGAGAUGAAGGUCAAUGUCCCCCAGUGGACAGUAGAGGCUAAGCAAGACCCAGGGGCUGAACUGAAAUCCACCAUCAGCGUGGGCGCUUCCUCUAUCGGCAUGAUCUCUGUGGAGGAAAAUAAAUCCUUCUGCGAUAUCAGCAAGGUUCUAGCUGGGAUUAUUUUCACUGCUGUGCUCAUUAUCGCUAUUGUCCUGGCAGUGUGUGUGGUAAAACUGUCUUAGGGUGGCACAAGCUCUGACACGAGCGACCCCUCUCCAGCCUUUCUCUGGAGUGUUUCAUGCCUCACCUUUACUUCCAAAGUGUGUCACUUGGAUGAGCUGAGAAUUUUAAACGAACACUUGAAAGAACAAAGCAGAACUUUUGCCUCUGGAUACCCUAAAAUGCACUAUUUGUUUCUUCAUGCUUUUUGAAGAAAAGGGAUGCAAAUCAGCCUGCAGAAUAGAAUGUCUUCGUUUACUGGACUUGUAACAGUUAAGCGAAGUAUCAGGGUAUUAUCACUACUGGCUGUAACAGGGAUUUGCCUGCUAUUAAUAGGUCACUAUUCUCAGAAGCCUGUGGUUUUCGUUCUUCACUAGGCUCUGGUGUUUGCUGCUGGUCACUGUUUACAGUAUUGGAGGGUAACAUAAAUUUGAUGGCUAACAUGGGUGUUUUGUGAAUAGAAUACUUCUUUUUUCCCGUGAAAUACAAAGAGUAUUUCUUGAGUGAAGGAAAGGAGUAAGGAUGAAAACCCCAAUAAAAGAAUGUAAUCAACCUCUAUUUUAAAUAAGUUAAUGUUAAUAUAAAUAAGUUGGGAGGGGGGGAAUGGAAUGAUGAUUGAUACCAAGUACUGUUUGUUGAUUUAGACUGGAUUGUACAGAACCCACUUGUAUGAAUUGGCACAGCAUAUGUGAAUGACUAAUCGCUUUCCAAAUCCAAAU